AUGGAUAGCAAUCUCAACUCUCAAUUUGUGUCACUAAGUGCGAACUUUACAAUUCCGGUAGCUUCUGGGCCUAGUCUUAAAUCUAUUUCAAUAGACAGCCUAACAAGCGAAUUUUUUGAAGAUCUUCAGGGAGUCAGCAAUGAAUGCGAAUGUACACUUUUGUCAUCAAAGAAAGAAAUGGAAGAUCUUGAAUCAGAGAACAAUCUUUUGUCAGUAAUGGAGCAGAAGCUCUGCAAGCAAAUUCAAUUAUUAAUCCAAUAUAAUAAAGAGCUGCAAGUCAAACUGUCUAAGAAAAAGACUAAGCUUCAAAAAAGAGCCUUAUGCAUUAAAAUUGCAAGAAAAUUGCGUAAGACUGCAAACUGUAAAGAAACUCAAUGUUAA